AUGCCAAGCAUCUCAAUUCGGAAACGGCCAAGUGUCGAAGAGGAAAAGGCCGCGUCCACAUUUCAGUUUUAUCGAAAGUCGGCGCGUGGAAAGGUUCAAAAGCUUGUUCGCGAGACGUACUACCGAGAUGAUAUCCCAUGUGGCAGCAACGAAUGCAGCCUGUGUGGGCCACUCAUGUACCGGAACGAGACCGCUGGGAGCAGUCUAGCGCCCCGACAGCCAACACUCGAAAAGCAGGGUAUUCAAAAUACGUACCUUGGGUCGCCACAUUAUGUUAUUGUCGAUACCAAUAUCGUGCUUCACCAAAUGGAUAUGCUGGAAUCCGCCGUGUUCACCAACGUCAUCAUCCUCCAAACGGUUGCUAUCGAGACACGCAACAGGAGUCUUCCGCUGUACAACCGCUUGCGCGCACUGAUGAAUGAUCCGGACCGCCACUUUUGGCUUUUCUACAACGACUUCCACGCCGAAACGUGUGUUGCGCGCGACACCACUGAAACGCCAAACGACCGCAACGAUUCUGCUAUUCGUUGUGCAACUGCAUGGUACGGCAAGCACCUUGGAUGCCAGGAUACUGGUUUGGAUGUUGUGCUGGUCAGCGACGACGUGGCGAAUGUUCACAAAGCGCGCAAGGCCAGUUUGCAUGCGUGCAAUAUGCGCGAAUACAUUACUGGUUUUGCUGUCGCUGAGCAGCUACAAGAGCUUAUGUCUGCACGCACACUGGAAACGGAAAGGCAUCCCGAACUGCAGCGUGGCUUGCAAGUUUACGAAGAAUACUGGGCCGCGACGCAGCUCGAGGCCGCAGCGCGCGUAGGAACACUGCACAAAGGUCACUUUAAUGCGAGUGCGUACAACUUUUUGGAAGGUUCUGUCCGGAUCGAGAAGUUUUCCGAGCCUGUUCUGCUGCUAGGCCGUGAAGCGAUGAACAGGGCCGUGGAUGGCGAUGUUGUCUACGUCGCACUGCUCCCCGAAUCGGAGUGGAAAGGGUCUACGAAUACUGUGCUCGAGUCCGACGUCGCGCAGCGCAACGAUGACGCGCGCAACAGCGAUGUGGAAGAGGAAGAGAGCGAUGAUUUCGAUGGUGCAGACAACACGCUGCGUUUCGCUGAGAGCAACGUGCACAAGAAACAACCUACCGGACGGGUUGUGGGCGUUGCGCGCCGCCAUUGGCGCUCGUACGUCGCGCACAUUGAAAACUCUUCAGUGAAUGAAAGCAGUGUUGGGACUCGUAGCAUGCAGACCGUAUUUGCAUCCCCUGUGAACCGCAGAAUUCCACGCAUCAAGAUCCGCACACGGCAAAUUGGCGCUCUGCUCGGCCAAAAAAUCCUAGUCGCGAUGGACGAAUGGCGUGCGACGAGCAGGUAUCCCGAAGGCCACUUUAUCCGCGCCCUCGGUGCUGCAGAGACAAAAGAAGCCGAGCAAGAGAGUUUGUUACUCGAAUACGACGUCCCGUACCGUCCUUUUAGCAAGUCGAUUCUUGCUUGUCUGCCACCCGAAGGUGAUCAAUGGGCCGUUCCGCCCUACGACCCAAACAAUGCCGUGUGGUGCAACCGCAAAGAUCUGCGCGAGGAGAACAUUUGCAGCAUCGAUCCGCCAGGCUGCCAGGAUAUUGACGACGCAUUGCACGCAAAAGAACUGCCCAACGGGAAUAUUCAGGUCGGCGUGCACAUUGCCGAUGUGUCGCAUUUUGUCAGCGCGGAUACGCCCAUGGAUGCGGAAGCUGCAUCGCGAGGCACAACGGUGUAUCUGGUUGACAAGCGCAUUGACAUGCUUCCGCACCUACUUGGCACGAAUCUGUGCUCAUUGCGCCCUUUUGUGGAGCGCUUGGCGUUCAGUGUCGUUUGGGAAGUCACGCCCGAUGCCGAAAUUGUGCACACUGCGUUUUUUAAGUCGGUGAUUGCAAGCAAAGCCGCGUUUACCUACGAGGAAGCACAAACCCGCAAAGACGAUGCGUCGCUGAACGAUGCAAUUACCAAGAGCAUCCGCUUGCUCAACACAUUGGCGAUCAAACUAAAGCAGCGCCGCAUGGAAAACGGUGCGCUGAACUUGGCGUCGCCCGAAGUGCGCAUCCAUCUUGACUCUGCCGAAUCGUCGGGCCCGAUCGAUGUAGAGCAAAAGGAGAUGCGCGAGACCAACAGCCUUGUUGAGGAGUUUAUGCUCCUUGCAAACACGAACGUGGCACGCCGCAUUUACGAAGCGUUUCCGACAACGGCCGUGCUUCGUCGCCAUAUGCCGCCGCCUUCUGAAAACUUCGAAGUACUGCAAGAUAUUUUACAAAAGCGGCGGGGUAUGGAGUUGGAUGUGGCCAGCUCCGGUGCUUUGGCUGACUCGCUCGAUCGCUGUGUAGAUCCCAAGGACCCGGCGUUUAACACGCUCGUGCGCAUUUUGGCUACGCGAUGCAUGUUGUCCGCAGAGUACUUUUGCACGGGCAACGUCGCGCGCAACGCAUUUGGCCACUAUGGUCUUGCGAUGGAUAUGUACACGCACUUUACGAGCCCUAUUCGUCGGUAUGCCGACGUCUUGGUACACCGCCAACUUGCUGCCGCGAUUCAAGUCGCUCCGCUGCCCUCGGAACUGUACAGGAAACAAUAUGUCGAAAACACACUAGACGUGGUCAACCGACGCCAUCGUGCUGGGCAGAUGGCGGGACGCGCAUCGGUAGAGUUUUACGUCGGCCUUGCGAUCAUGGCACGUAAUGCAGAGUGCGGCGCGAAUGCUACCGAAGUAGGCAAGGCGGACAAGACAGCACAGCCGCUGUUGCGUGCCGAUGCGUACAUUGUGCGCACGUUUCGCAAUGGUGUGGCGGUGUUUGUGAACCAGUACGGACUCGAGGACCUGAUUACAUUCAAGCAGGACUGCGAGUUUGAUUCGUCGACCUACCAAGUCACUGUACCCAAGCACAUCUCUGGCCUUGCCACGGAUCUCACGCUCGGUAUAUUUGAUCGAUGCACGGUGGAAAUCGGAGUGGAGAAAGAUAAAAACACCAAGCGCGGUCGUACGAAAAUGGCGCUUGUAUUGUAG